AUGUCCUGGCAGGACUCUCGGCCGACGGCCAAUUGGAUGAGCAGUGUUUACUCCCCGGUGGUUUGGAAAGCUUUGCCGGCUGCGGAAAAGUCCACAUGCCCACUGUUUGGCAUGCCGUGGACAUCCAUCUGCAACCUGGAGUAUGACUAUAUGCAUUGCAAAUACUUGGGGGUUGACAGGCUCCUAUACUCCGCAGUGCUGUAUUUGCUGGUUUUCCAAGUGCUGACAUUUGGAAGCCCAGAAGCAAACAUGGCUUGGCUGUGGUCGCAGAUCCAGGAGCACUACAAGGCCUUUCAGGUCCAUGCCCGCUUUCAGUAUUUGAACAGGAUAUCCAUGUUCUUCAGGGCCCAAAAGAAGACUUUGGGGUUACGAGGCAAAGCUGCGGAAAUCCGCUCCCUGGCGAGGCCACUACUUGUCAUAUGGGCCGCCCGAAUGACAUCAGGCAUCGAGUGGCACAGAAAGCUCCAUUUGCUUUUGAAGUUGAAUUGGAAGUCGGAGGACCUGUUAGACACCAACAAAUUUGAGUUCGCCUUCAGCGCAGCAGAUGCCAAUGCAUUUAGGGACGCAAUGACUGGGUUCUUGCUCCUUCAGAAGGAGCUUUCCCAGCACUUCAGCGACCAUGAUCCGAAGCUCUUCAAUUACACGGAGAAGUCACACUUUUUACAGCAUCUGGGACUCCAGGCCCGGUUUGUAAAUCCAAGACAGGUUUGGUGCUUCAGCGGGGAGGAUCAGCAGCGAAGGGUUCAGCGAAUCACAGCAGCUUGUGCACGAGGCCAGAGGCCAGGACAGGCUGAGGUGAAGAUGUGCCAGCGAUACCGUGUCGCAUUGCACCUGCAGUUCUGCAAGCACGGUUGA